AUGGCUGGCAUUGCAUCGCAGCUCAGCAAGGAGAGAAAAGGGCGCUAUCUGGCUGGUCUGUGGGAGGACUCCCUCGUCUCUGAUCUAUGCUGGCAGACCUUUGGCGACGAGAGGGAGAGGCCAGAGACGUUAAAGAGCGUGCCGACGUGGUCGUGGGGUUCUGUUUCGGGGCCCAUCGCCGGCCCGUGGGAUCGUGUCCACAGGACGACUUUUACAGUCAAGGUUGUUGACAUUGACUGCGAACCCAAUGGACCUACAUUUCUCGGUCGCCUGGAUCACGGAAUACUAACCUUGGAGGGCUACGUAGCUCGGGUAAAGAUAUUUCCUCGCGGAGGACGUGGGCAAGGGUUUCCGAGAAUCCAGUUCACAAACGGAGAGUGUCGUUCCUCCAGUCCAUACAAGUUCCAGUUCCAACCCGACGUGGAAGACUGGACGAUGAAGACUCCAGAUUCUCAAGUGCUGGCUGUGGAGAUGGGAAAGACUAUCGAGGACGGGCAAACCCAAGAGGCGAAUUACUUGAUCCUGCAGCCCGCCGAAAGAGGCGGCGGUUUAUUUGAACGGGUUGGAAAGGUUUGGGCGGCAGCAGUAGGAAUUGACUCGAAGGGGACGAGGGAGGAGCUAGGCCAUGAGAUGUCAUUCCCUGGCUAUUUCGUAGACGAAGCUGUUGUUGAAAAGGUCCGAAUAUGUUGA